CAGCGGCGCAACGACGACACCGAAAGCCCUUGUGCCCAUUACAAUCUAUCCCGAUCCCAUCAAGUCUCACACUGGACGCCCUUUCAUAAGAGCUUGAUCGUUUCUGCUUUCUAAUUUCUGAACUUGAACGGCAAAGCAUGACUGUGUUCUCAAAGCUUAUUCCAACGGCGAUUAGUGCCUAUGGCCUUCAGACCCUAUUGGCUGCGAUCUUCAUCCCCGCCCAGACCGACGUCUUCUUCGACAUGGGUGGUGCAUUGGGCUGGUUAACCACCACCUUCAUUUCCAUGUACUAUCCGACAGUGAAGGCGAGGCUUUGGGACGGUAUUCCAAUGACGUUCCCGCCUCUGUCGACCUUCUCUCAUCGACAGUUGCUGUUGAAUGCCGCUGUCGGUAUUUGGAGCUUGCGCCUCGGCACCUUCUUGGGCGCGAGAGCCAUCAAAACUGGCGGGGAUUCGCGAUUCGAGACAAUCAAGAAGGAUCCUACACACUUUGGAGCCUUGUGGUUUGGACAAGCCACAUGGAUCAUGGCGGUGGGCUUGCCAAUCUGGCUCGUCAACACGCUCCCACCUUCUCUCAGUCCCGGUCUUGGUCUUCGUGACUACCUUGGUAUUGGCCUAUGGGCAGCCUCUUUCGUCUUCGAAGUCACUGCCGACAUGCAAAAGACGGCCUGGAGGAGGAGAAAGGAGCUUAAGCAUCACGACGAGAAGUUUAUCACAUCGGGAUUGUGGAGUAUAAGUAGACAUCCCAACUACCUCGGAGAGCUUGGUAUUUGGACCGGGGUGUGGUUACUGGCAUCUACCCCCCUUCAGACGCCUGCUUUUCCGGCGGGUACACUGGUCUUGUCCGCGAUUAGUCCCAUCUUCACCUGGUUCCUCCUUAACAAGGUAUCCGGCGUUCCAGGGCUCGAGCGACAUGCAGACAAGAAGUGGGGCGCCGAGUGGCAGGAGUACAAACGGAGGGUACCUGUUUUUUGGCCAUGGGGCUCGACCGGAAUGUGAUUCGAUAAACGAUAGGAGCUUGUCCGUGUCUGGUGAAAGAAUAUUAUUUGUUUCCGCUCUC